AUGUGGGAGAUGAAGGCGUCACUGAUGGCCCUGGUUUCUAUGGCCAUGUGGCUCCUUGGGGGUCCCCCAGGAGCAGAGGCCCUGAAUUCGUGCCCACUUCUCCCGAUAUCUCCAACCUACUGUGCACCAGUGAACAGUGUCAAUGUGACUGUGCCCUCUGACCAGGCAGCCCUUUGUACAGCCUUUACACUGCCCCAGUUUGCCUGUGCUAAGAGCACCAAUCUGACCUCAAGCCAGCUUGCUGCAAUCCUGAGCUGCCACAUCACGGGGCCAGCUGUGGCCCUGGACCAGAAUGCCUUCCUGCUGCUCUUCCACCAGGUCAGCGUGGAGACCCUGCGCCUUGCCCUGAACCACAUCAGUGUGCAGGUUGACAGUACCCAGAUCCCUACAGACACCAAGCAGCUCAUCCUGACGGCAGCGUGGGAUGUGGCCAAGACUGACCCUCAGGCAAGGAAUGCAGGUUUCUUGGCUUCCUGGUUUGGGGAGACGCUCCACGCCUACCUCCCAACCAUAGAUCUGGGCAUCCUGGAGUGUCUGAGCCAACUGCCCGUACAGUGUGAUGGGCUGGCUGCCAUAGUCCAGGCCUUGGACAGCGUGUACCCCAGUAUGGACAGCAGUAGACAAUGGGCAGUUGCCAGUUGGAUCAAACGCUUCCUGACCACUUUCGAAUGCCCCAAGAGCUCUUCUCAGGAGUGGAUCAUGGUCAACUGGGGAAGCUUCCGGAACCAUGUCUCCUAUGCUGAGCUGGUGGGCACCUGGCGAGCCUUUGAUGGGGCAGAUGCUCUGAGUGCCUUGACGGGCCCACAGCUGGCAGAGUUUACCACCAGCCAGGAUGCCUUGGCCAAUGCCACCCUUGCCCCUCGUCUGCUCCAGCUUCUGAACCACAGUGACAUCCGCUUCACUGAGGCCUUCCUGGAAGCCCUUCCUGGUCCUCUCCAAAAUAGUUCAGAGUCCAAAGCCUUGCUGGAGACCCUGCUACAUAAGCUGGCCCACACCCUCCCUGAUCUCUGCUCACCCACCCUGAAGCGCUGGUUCCAAGAGCUGCUGACCGGUCUUCUGCCUGCCUUUGACGUGGAAUUACUCAAGUUGCUGCCCACUCAGGUGGGCUGUACAGACUUCCAGGCCAUGUACAAGGGCCUUGACCUUGUUCAGGCUGUACUGGCCCCACCUACCCAGGAGGCAGUGUUUCAGGCCAGGAGGAACUAUCUGAGACAACAGGCUUCCAAAGAAGGUUCUGCAUGUACAUUCUCUGCUGCCAAUAGUCGCAUCUGGCUCCAGGACAACUUUGGCCUCUCCAGUGUGUUUGCAAACUACAGUGACUUCCUACAGCUGAACCCAGGCUUCAAAGGGUUUGAGGUGACAGACCUGCUCACAGCCACCCAACUCGGGGAACUACUGAUCUCCUCCAACAUCCUCGUGGACACCACCAAGGUGGAUGCAGAAUCCAAUGCCCUCAAAGUGAUUGAAACCUUCCAGCAGAGGAAUAUUUCAGAACUGCAAAUCUUCCUGCAGGCAGUGACCUCUUUGGCUACUCAGAGAAAUAUCACAUCCAUCACCAAUGCCAGAGUCAGCAGAGCAAUCCUCACAGGCAUCUUCCAAGUCCUGAGGGCAGAAUUACCCUCCAUGAGCCCAGCCAACGUUGAAGAGUGGUUUGGUGGAAAUUUGACCUUGUACCUAACCUACAUCACCUCCAGAGAGUUGACCAUCCUAACCCCUGUUGCCAGCUGCCAACAGCUGCAGGCCAUUGUCAAGGGUGUGGAUUUAGCCUUUGACCACAUGGGCACAGAUACCAGAAGUGAUGUGGCCCGUUGGGUGGUAGGAGUCAUCCCGAGCCUCGGAUGCAGCAUGUCAGGAGACGGACUGGACCACACCUUCUGGAGGUUCAAGACCAUUGUGAACAUCACUGACCUUGUAGCCAUUGAUCAGAACUUUGAUGUGAUACAGCGAGUGGAAGAGCUGUUGCCAUUUCAGCUGGGCCAGCUGUGGACUAUCCCUGGAGCUAUCUCUGUGACCAUUGCCCAAAAGGUGUUUGACCGCCUGGCAGCCAUCCCUGGAGCCCAGACCCUGGUUGACUUCUGGGAUGAGCUCAGCAGCCCCCAGGCAAAGCCUGGGAAUGUUUCUGUGGACGUGAGACACACCAUGCUGGUCCGGACCCUGGAGCAUCUGGGAUCCCAGCUUCCCACCCUGGCUGAAUCUCAGGUUCACCAAUGGCUUGAAAAACGGCUGGCAUCUGUCUUGGACACCAUUGAUGCAUCUGUGCUCCAUCACAUCCCUGUCACCUUGCCUUGUGGUCCCUAUAGAGCUCUGGUCGCAGCCAUCAGCACCAGGUACAAGGACUUGGUCCAGUCUCAGAAGAGGGAUGUGUUUAACUUUCUCAAAUCAUUUCUAACACAGAAGUCCCGGAACACAGGUCCUGCUUGUGAUGGGCGCACCAACACCAGGAACUGGUUCACCAAGUAUCUGGGAAGGUUUUCCCAGGAGGCCACAUACCUCCAGCUGGUCAGCUACCACCAGAGGUUUGAUGUGGGAGCUGUGCUGGACCUCCUAACCAACAACCAGCUGGGGUAUGCUCUGGCCUGUUCAGACCUGCUGACCACAACUGAGCUGGACCCUCGUUUCACACGGUUCUUCCAGCAAAGCACUACAGAGGCUGUACACCAGAUCCUGACCACAUUCACCAGGACUGCCCGUUCGGGCUCCUCUCAGUGCAGAAUCAGAGUGCUGCCUCCUGCAGAGCCUGCAAAGUGGCUCCUGACAAGUUUCUUGACCCUCACGUCAGUUGAGAGGGAGACCUUCACCACUACAGACUGGAAUACCACCUUCCAGGAAGAGUUGGUCUUCUUUCUGCCCAUGUUCAAUGAAUCUACAUUGGCGUUGGUUGUCCCCCGGGAUGUCCCCUCCCUGGUCACUAUUGUGUCAAGCUUGAACACGGCUCACAGCCUCAUGCCUGAAGCCUCCAGGAGAGCAGUUGCCCUCUGGAUCCUGCAGCAUCUCAGGACCCUGAAUGCUGUCCCUGUGGAGCCAUUCAUCGAGUGGAUAAAGACGAUGUGGGGUUCCUUCUUCUCAGAGGUGACGCUGGAGGAAGUGAAGUCUCUCAGUGGAAAUUUCAAUCCAGCUGAUGUUCUAAGCUACUUGGAUGUCCGACAGCGGGUAGAGUUUAUGGUUACCCCAGAUGUGCUCUCCAAUGUCACUGCAGUUAGGGCUGUUCUAGAGAGCCUGAUGUCCAGCCAGGAUAGGAUCUCCUUGGCCACGAUGGACCAGUUCUUGGCAGAGUUCAACCUGGCUCUCACCAAGGUCAAGAGCCCUGCCCUUCCAACCCACGUGAGACAAAGCAUCCUGGAUAUACUGCUUCCUAGCCUUGCCUUGCACUUCACAGCCUUCUCCGGGAAGGACUAUGAGCUCUGGUUCCACGAGAACCUGCAUCUCCUGCUUCCUGACAUCAGUGCCCAAGGCCUCAGUCUCCUUCCACUGGACCUCAGCUAUUCCUCUUACAGUGCCAUUGUUCAGGCAUUCAGUGACGUCUUCUCUCAGUGUUCCCCUCAGACAUCCCAGAAUAUCUAUGGCUUCAUCCAAAAUGUCCUGAGUUACCAGCUUAGAGUCUCAGGCUCCGUGUUCCCUCAAGCCUAUAACAACAGCCAGAGCUAUCUUCAGCUCUUUGGUCCAUUUCUAAGCUUCGCCAACUACACUGAGCUCCUCACUUUCUACCCGGCAUUUAAUGGGUAUGAAGUCUUGGAGAGGCUCUCAGCCCAGCAGCUUGGGGAGAUGAUGCUAGUAGGAGGUGCAACGAGGAAUGAGCGUUCAGCCAUCAGAAUUCUGAUAGAGAUGGAGAGGCGACCCUUCGGGGACAUUGCUGAAUUCCUGGCCAGAUUCAAUGCUGUGGCCCAGCUGCAGGGCGUCACCAUCCUGCCCGAUGCCCGUGUCCGGGCCCUCACCCUCGAGUCCAUUUUCCAGCUGCUCCCAUUCCGUACCUUCACAGCCCAGGACUAUGACUUCUGGUUUGGCCACCUGUUGCCACUUUUCCUGCCCAGCCUCAAUAGCAGGCUCCUGCUGCUGAUUCCCCAGGACAUCGACUGCCGAGCCCAGCAGAACUUGGUGGCUGCCCUAGAUGGCGUGUUUGACCAUUUGACAGAUGACCAAAGGAUACUAGUGCACAACUGGAUCCGAAGCUAUCUUGAGGCCCAUCUUCAGACACAAGGCACCACCUGUUCUGCUGAUGCUACCAGCAGCCUCUGGAUCACCCACAAUUACAGGCGUUUCCGGGCUUUUGCCACUAUGGAAGAAUUCUCAACCCUCAAUCUGAAUUUUGAGGGGUUUUCAGCGCUGACCGAGCUAUCUGUAGGCCAGCUGGCCCAGGUCAUGGUGCAGACAGGUGCGAUCGCUGAUGAAGCUACCAUUCUGAAAGUCAUGGGCCAGAUAAGUACAACCUUGGACCUGGCACAAUUUUUUAACAGCCUCAAUGCCCUAUCCCAAGCCCAGCUCCAAGGCAGCGUCCACGCGAGCCUCCUGCUCGGCCUGGCCUUCCGGCACCUAUCUCAACACUUUCCCAAGUUCCAGAGCACAGACUUUGCCUACUGGUUCCAGAGUGGCCUCCAGAAUGUACUGCAGGCGGUGAAUGAGACCUUUGUUGCCCAGAUCCCCCUGACCAUCUCAUGUGAUGCUUACCAGAACAUAUUGAAAGGAUUCAAUAAUGUUUAUCAGCUCAUCCCUGCCCCCAAAGCCCCCAGUGUAUAUGGAUUCUGCAAAGCUUUCCUCACAGCCAGAGCUCAGUCAGGAACACCCUGUGGGCAUGACAUACCCAGUUCUGAGGUGUGGCUGGACACAUACUUGGGGAACUUCAGUAUCUUCGCUGACUACCAGGACCUGCUGUACUGGAAUGCGAAACUCCAAGGGCUCUCUUUGCUGGACAAAAUGACUCCCAUCCAGUUGGCCUCAUUCAUCAUACAGUCUGGCACCAUCAGCCUUGAAAAAGACAUGGAUCUGGUCCUUGCCAGGCUCCAGAGCAUGCCUGCAGAAGCUGUGGACCAAUUCCUGAGCCAACUCACCAUGGAACUGAAGCUGUCAACUGGGGCCAUCCGAAAUGUAGUGGUCAGGAGGAAGAUGCUCAAGCAACUGGUGGGCCAGGUUCAAGGGGGAUUCUUAAGCUGGAGACCAGAAGACUGGACCCUUUUCCUCUCGACCAAGCUCCUGCCUCUCCUCCCCAGCCUGGGUGCCGAGGACACCCAGCUCCUUUUGUCCUACAUCUCUGGAUGUGACAGCUUCCAAGCUUUUGUGGCAUCUCUUGGGGCUGCCUACUCCUCCAUGGCCCCAGAGAACAGACAAGGCGUGGCCCAGUCCUUGGUGGCUUUCCUUGGAAUCCAGGCAAACACUACAGGUUCGGCCUGUGAUGGCAGCAUGGAAGCCACAAUGAGCAGUCAGGACUGGCUGUGGAAGAAUUUGGGGCCAUUUGCAUUUGAUGCUGAUUAUGGAGAUUUCAUAAAACUGAAGGAUGACUUCAAUGGCUUUGAUGUCCAGGAAAACCUCACGUCAACACAGCUGGCCCACGUGUUCUUUACUCCUGGAGUCCUAGAAGACUUUAGCCUUGUGAGCACCCUCCUGUUGACACUAGAAAGCAGAACUAUGUCCGGCAUGAUUGCUUUUGUCACAGAAUUUGUCACCAUGGCCCAACAGCAGGGAAUCUCAGCCCUGACCAAUGUGCCCGUCCGGGACGCCAUGUUUGCUGUUAUCUUCAACAAAGUGCAUCCACGCCUCACUCGCCUCAGCCCCCAGGAGUACAAGGACUGGUUCAGAUACAAGCUUGGCCUCUGGCUGCCUAGCAUCACUGCUGAAGCCCUUGCUGGCCUUCCCAAGAACAUGCCAUGUGGCAUUUUCCAAAUUGUCAUGGGCAGCCUAGAGCAGAGCUUCUCCCAGAUGGCUCCCACCACCCGGCAGAAUGUGUUCAACUUUGCCCAAGGCUACCUGGUGUCCCGCCCAGUGCAGACAGGUGCUCCCUGCUCUGAAAACACCCAGGGCAGCCUUGGAUGGUUGCAGGCAAACCUGGGCUCCUUCAGCUCCCUAGCCUCCUACAAUGAUCUUGUCAAACUGUAUCGAGAUUUCAAUGCUAUGGACACACUGAGCACCCUCAGCCCUGAACAAGUAGCAGGGUUCUUAGUGACAAGCGACAUCCUGAGAGACAGUGUCCGAGUGGGCAGGGUCAUGGCAUCCCUGAAUACUGCUGACAUUGGACCAUUCCUGGAUGCUUUCAACAAGGAGGCCCGGGAGCAUCACCUCACCCAGCUUCCGAAUGCCGAAGUAGGACGCACCAUCUUGGGGCAAAUCCUUUGCCACCUGAGCCCGUCAAUGCUGACGUUUGGCCCGGAGGAGUAUACUGCCUGGUUCGGAGACAAACUGGCCCUCUUCCUGACCGGCCUGGAUGCUCAGAACUUUGGCUCUUUACCCAUCGACAUGUCAUGCGACUCCCUAGCUGCCCUGGUCCAAGUCCUGGACACCCACAAGGCUAAUGGAACAUAUGAACAUCCGGCAGACAUUUAUGCUUUUGUGCAACAAGUAUUGAUGACCCAGAAGCAAAACACAGGCUCUGCUUGUGCCCAGGAUGCUGUGACUGACCAGCUGUGGCUGCGCAAAUACUUUGGUACCUUCAGCUCUUAUGCCUCUUACAAAGACCUUAUUACGCUGAAGGGUGAUUUCCAGGGGCUGGAUUCCCUGGACCUUGUCUCAGACAGUGUCCUAGCCCAAAUCACCACCCACAGCGGCAUCAUCUAUAGUCCCUCUGCAUCUGGUUCUGUCCUUGAGGCCAUCAGGACCAGGAAGGACCCAUUGAGCCACCUCUCCUCCUACCUGGAAGACUUUAACACCUUCAUUUUGAAGAGCCCAGACUUGUUAGCCAACUCCAAAGUACAGGACGUCAUGAUGUUCAAGGCAGCAGAUAUGAUCUUUCCAGAGGUCCCCACCAUGUCCUCAGAAAAAGCCAAAGAGUGGUUUGCCCGCCUGAAAGUCCUGCUCCCAGGGGUGAACUCCACCAGCCUAGAGAUGCUGCCACUCUCCAUGACAUGUUCACAUUACCAGGCCUUCAUAAAAGCCAUUGGGGGAGUGUUCCAGGAAUUGUCGCCUCAGCAGAAACAAGCUGUAUACGGAUUUCAGAAGAAGUACUUGGCUGCACAAUUUGCUGAGACCGGCUCAGCAUGUAACAGACAAGGGUCUGACACCAGGGACUGGUUGCAGAUGAACCUGGGCCCAUUCUGCUCACAGGCCCUGCUCAGUGACCUGCAGGCUCUUUACCCAAACUUCGAUGGAGUUCAAGGCCUGGAUGUCAAGACCCCCAGGCAGAUGGCACAUCUGAUUGUGACCUCAAAUCUGCACAGCCUGGAGAGCUCCCAUGACAUCUUGCAGGCACUGAGCAGAGAUCUGUGCCUGGAUGUCUCUACCUUUAUGACCCAGUUUAACGAGUACGCUCAGCAGGCUCACCUGAAUGCCCUGCCCAAUGCUACAGUUGGGGCCGCCAUCCUGAGGGCUGUUCUAGAAAGGCUGAGCCCCAGCUCCCACCUCUUCCCUGCCUCCGUGUGGUCAGAGUGGUUCCAGCAUCAGCUCCCCCUGCUCCUCCCAUUUGUGACAAGAACUACCCUUGCCAGACUCAACACCAAUGUCUCCUGUGACUCCUACCAAGCUGUGUGA